GACGUAAUGCGGUAGCGCGGGGAAUUUCGAGUGGUAUUGGAGCGCCGGAGGCUAGUGGGUGGCGGACCCCCAGCGUCUUCGGGAGCGACCAUGGACUCCCUGGCCGAGCCUCGGUGGCCUCCGGGCCUGGCAGUCAUGAAGACAAUAGAUGAUUUGCUGAGGUGUGGAAUUUGCUUCGAGUAUUUCAACAUUGCAAUGAUAAUACCUCAGUGUUCACAUAACUACUGCUCUCUCUGUAUAAGAAAAUUUCUGUCCUAUAAAACUCAGUGUCCAACUUGCUGUGUGACUGUCACAGAGCCGGAUCUGAAAAAUAACCGCAUAUUAGAUGAACUGGUAAAAAGCUUGAAUUUUGCACGGAAUCAUCUGUUGCAGUUUGCUUUAGAGUCACCACCCAAAUCUCCUGCUUCUUCCUCUUCAAAGAAUCUUGCUGUCAAAGUAUAUACACCUGUAGCCUCCAGGCAGUCUUUAAAGCAGGGGAGCAGGUUAAUGGAUAAUUUCUUGAUCAGAGAAAUGAGUGGUUCUACAUCAGAGUUGUUGAUAAAAGAAAAUAAAAGCAAAUUCAGCCCUCAAAAAGAGGCAAGCCCUGCUGCAAAGACCAAAGAGACACGUUCUGUAGAAGAGAUCGCUCCAGAUCCCUCAGAGGCUAAGCGUCCUGAGACACCCUCGACAUCCACUUUGAAACAAGUUACUAAAGUGGAUUGUCCUGUUUGCGGGGUUAACAUUCCAGAAAGUCACAUUAAUAAGCAUUUAGACAGCUGUUUAUCACGCGAAGAGAAGAAGGAAAGCCUCAGAAGUUCUGUUCACAAAAGGAAGCCGCUGCCCAAAACUGUAUAUAAUUUGCUCUCUGAUCGUGAUUUAAAGAAAAAGCUAAAAGAGCAUGGAUUAUCUAUUCAAGGAAAUAAACAACAGCUCAUUAAAAGGCACCAAGAAUUUGUACACAUGUACAAUGCCCAAUGCGAUGCUUUGCAUCCUAAAUCAGCUGCUGAAAUAGUUCAAGAAAUCGAAAAUAUGGAGAAGACUAGAAUGCGUCUUGAAGCUAGUAAACUCAAUGAAAGUGUAAUGGUUUUUACAAAGGACCAAACAGAAAAGGAAAUAGAUGAAAUCCACAGUAAAUAUCGUAAAAAACAUAAGAGUGAAUUUCAGCUUCUAGUGGAUCAGGCUAGAAGAGGAUACAAGAAAAUUUCUGGAAUGUCACAAAGAACAGUAACAAUAACAGAAGAUGAAUCUACAGAAAAGCUAUAUUCUGUGUGCAUGGGACAGGAAGAUAAUAUGACCUCAGUAACAAACCACUUUUCUCAAUCAAAGCUGGACUCCCCAGAGGAAUUGGAACCUGACAGAGAAGAGGAUUCUUCUAGCUGUAUUGAUAUUCAAGAAGCUCUUUCUUCAUCAGAAUCAGGUUCAUGCAAUAGUUCCAGUUCAGACAUCAUAAGAGAUCUUUUAGAAGAAGAGGAAGCCUGGGAAGCAUCACAUAAAAACGAUCUUCAAGACACAGAAAUAAGUCCAAGACAGAAUCGCCGCACAAGAGCUGCUGAAAGUGCUGAGAUUGAACCAAGAAACAAGCGUAAUAGGAAUUAAUGUGGGCUUUUGCUGACUUUUCAAAUGCAUUGAUUAGAAUAUGGUACUUUUGGUUGCCACAGAGAUUUUCUUUUUAUAAAUGCCCAAGGAAAGAUGCUAAAUUCUAAAUGUUACAGUUAGCUGAUGUUCAUUCUUUUCUGCUUUUCCAGAGGGGAAAAAUGUUACAAAAUAUCCUUACUUGGUCAGUUCCCUCCUGCCUCUAAAACAUCUCUCUCUCAAAAUACUGACAUUUCACACAGGCACCAGCUUUGCAGAGGAGGUAGACUCUUUGGCACUUUGGCACAGGGAUUUGGUUUGGUUUGGUUUGGUUUGAUAUCUAAAUUUCAGAAUGUCCUUAGGCCAUUCUCCUUCUCUUCCAUGGAGAAUCCAACCUCACAAAAGGAUUCUUUCAACUUCUUUAUUACAAGAAACAGUUGAGUGAAAUGUUUAUGUUUUUGGAAAGGCAGGAUGUCAGUUCACAUCCUUGGUGUGUCUAAGUACCGAUGCAGGCCACCACCAUGCCUGUGUUACAGCAGCUCCAUGAUGGUUGUUGCCCGAGGUUAAUGUAGUUCUUUGUUAGACCUGUGUCUUACACAUUUCUCAGAGUAGGAUAUUAGUAUUAUAAUUUAAGGCCACGACAGUCACAAAGUCACAAUAACUUAGAAACAUUGCGCAUAUUCUUCUGAAAUAGCACUUAAAAAUGAUUAGUGUCAGUAUUUUUUCACUUGGGUCAAUCAAAUCUGUAACACUGAAUCCAAGCUAUUAAACAAAAGGUAUGCAAUGGAUGAAUUUUGUAAAUGAAUAGAGUGUAUCAGUUUUCAAUAAUGUUCUUAAAACAGUAUCCUCUGGAUAGCUUAGUAUGGGUUAGAAAUCAUUGAAAUGGAUUGGUGAGAAAUUGCUAUUUGUGUAAAAUGUCUACCAGUAGCCAGAUGCUUCCAGAGUUCAUAAUGCCUCUCUGGCCUUUCAGAGCCAGCAUCCCCCAACUCCCACCCCUCUGCCACCACCCAACCCAAACACAUCAGCUUUCAAAUGAGAUGACAGCAAAUGCAGCAAUAUUAAGACAAGAAAUUUAUGAUUUGCCAGAUUCAACAUUUAUGACCUCCCCUUCCAAAGACUGUCUCCGUUGACCUUGGCUUUUUGGUAUGGUUUGGGGUUUCUGAUAAUGUGUGGAGUCUCAUUAUGGCUGAGAGUUUAGUGCUUUCAGAGUGAAGUGCAGACAUUUGAUUUCUUUAUGAGUUCCCUGUGUUAGAAAUGGCUAUAGAAAAAUUUGUCAUAAUAAUUUCAUUUGCUUGAAAUCCUGAGGGGUGCAUUAAGGAAACUAAAAGCACCACUUACGAAAUCUAUCAGCAGAACUGAUGUGAGGUAAGUGAGUAUGUCAAACAAAAUGGAUAUAUUUAUGUCACUGAGUUGUCAGAAAUUAUGUCAAAAUGAAAACUGCUUGUUUCAUGACAAAUUAUAUAGUCUAUAAAUUAAACUGGAAGUAAUUAUUACUUUAA